GAGCUUAGUAACGCAGGCUUGUGAUCCAAGUGGAGACAACAAGGUGAUGGAACAUUGGGUCGAUCUCAAUGGGCCGGGUUCGGGUUGGGCUUUCUACUGGCCUGCCCAUUCCAAGUCGGGAGUUGAGACCUGUGUCUUCUCCGUGAAAUUCGAGGUUUUGUCUCGCCGGGACAUGGAAUCUGUAUCGUCACGAGACGUUGACGUCGGGAAUCUUAAAGCUCCGUUUGCGGCUUGGCAUUUCCAAACCGCUCUCUACUUUGCCUUGGGAUUCUUCUCUUCGAGGCUAUUGCUCGAUAAAUUCGUCUUUCAUGUAAGUAACACUUUCGUCCUCAAAUCGUUUACAUAUUACCGUAAUGGAAUUGAGCAUAACUUAAGCGUUGCGUUUGUGUGAUUAUGCAAAACAUAGUGGCUCUUGUACUUUUCUUUAGGAGGAGCCAAUGUAUCAAUGUUAUUAUGUAUCCGUAUUGCGCAUACAUUUUACAAGAAAUUGUUGUGAUCUUGAUUACUGAUUAGUGUGUUUCCUUGUUUGUUGUUUUGAACCUUCCAGAGGAUAGCUAUUUGGCUUUUGAGUACUGGUUCUUCUCCACUGAAAUUGAAUGAUGCUACUCGUGUAAAAAUCGUCAAAUGCAAAGAGUCCCUGUGGAAAUUGUUGUGCUCGAAUUCGUUUAUCCAGAGCCAUCAAGUGAGUAAUCAAUUCAUCAGGAUCAU